AUGCCUCGAGCCGAAGUUGGGUCGACGAAGUACAUCGCAAACAAGAUGAAGUCGAAAGGACUUCAACGGCUGCGAUGGUACUGUCAAGCAUGUUCAAGACAGAUGCGAGACGAAAACGGCUUCAAGUGCCAUGUCGCUUCGGAAUCGCAUGUACGCCAGAUGCAAUUGAUUGGCGAGGACCCGCGCAAAGCCAUCAAUGACUUCUCCAACCAGUUCCAGAAGGAUUUCGUACAAUUACUACGCACCGGUCACGGGGAGAAGAAAGUCAACAUCAACCAAUUUUAUCAAGAAUACAUCUCGAACAAGGAGCACAUUCAUAUGAAUGCGACGAAGUGGGCUAGUCUGACAGAGUUUGCCAAAUAUUUGGGUAGGGAGGGAAUAUGCCGUGUGUACGAAGAUGAGAAGAAUGAAGGACGUCCAGGCGCAAGCGCGCUGCUCAUCAGUUGGAUCGACAAUAGCCCGGAUGCCUUGCGCCGACAGGAGGCGCUGAAGAAGAAGGAAAGACAGGAUCGUGGUGACGAGGAGAGGGAGCAGAGAUUGAUCCAAGCACAAAUCCGGCGAGCGAGGCGAGAUGGCGGUAACCACAUUUCGGGAGACGAGGAGACAAUAGAGGAAGAAGACAAUGAGCCGGUCGGAGGGCAGGGCAUCAAGCGCAAAGAGGGAGAGAAGAUCGUUCUCAGCUUCGGUGCAAAGAAGCAGCAAAUACCCGAUCUCGCCAAACCUCCCACGCCGCCCUUGUCAGACAAUGACUCUCCCUCCGACGCGGUAAAGGAAAACGCAUCAUCACCAUCCACCCCAGAGACUGCAGCCGCGGAGGUUGCGGUUGCGGCUACGGCUGAGCCGACAAAGCAACCUGCUGCGCGGCCGGCCAUAUCCAUGUCCUUGGGCGGUUCGUCUAUCAAGCCAAAGAACGUCUUUGCAGCAGCAGCGAAGAAGAACGCGUUGGCAGGCACAAAGAAGUCAUUACAGCCCACUACCUCGAGACCUAUGAGUGAGGCCGAAAGGAUCAUGAAGGAAGAGCUCGAACGAAAACGACAGCGUGAAGCAAACGGCUUGAAACCCGGAGGAAACGUGUUCAAGAAGCAACGAGUUGCAUGA